GCGGCAGCCAUGUUGUCGUUUGUCAGGAAAUGAGUCGUGGCUCAGUAGCAUAGUAGCUAAUGUGCAUGAGCAUCAAUAAAAGUUGUCGUCAUUAUUUUGUUAAAGUCAAACUAAUCAAUCUUUUAUAUAAUUCACUCGUCGUCUGUUCUGUCAAUGUUCGUGUUUCAGUUCCUGACUUUGUGUUUGCGUUGAGGUGUGUGAGCGACAGGAAGUGUGUGUGGUUUCUUCCCCACACUGAGGUCAUGUGACUCAAGUGUUUCACCUGCUCUUCAUCUCCAAACAACGGCCAUUUUAAACUGGCGCGUACAAAAUGGAGGGAAGAGAACGACGACAACACGGAAACAAAGAGAAGCUAAAACCGGUGACUGCGUUUCCAUGGAGACGUGAUAAUGAUCAUAUGAUACGUGGUGUGACGUGAGCGAGACCACGUGUGGUCACUUUGUGUCGCUGAGUUCAGUUGAAAUGAAAAAUGAAACAUUUCAAAGGCCAAAUUCCUUCAAAUCACACAUUAGAACUUAGUGAUGGAGGCUCCACCCCCCGUUUUCAAAAUAAAACCCUCAAUUUCUGUAUCCUUUACAUCAGUGUUUACAUGAAAACACAAGUUUUCAAAAUAAAAGCUGAUGUGGUACGUGACCUUUGACCUCCACAGAAGCCAUGCAUCUGUAUGACCCCGGGCUCUGCUACAUUCUGGACGGAUUCCUCGGUUUGUACGGACUCAUCAUCACCGGCAUGUUCAUCAAAGAGAGGUUCUUCAAAGCUAGAGUGAAGUCAGGCGACGACGCCAUCUACACUGACCUGAAAACUCGGAGUGAUGGAGGCUACGAUGAACUGAUGCGAGACACAGAGAGAGGACGAAACCGCUGGACGGACAACAACGACGCCACCUACACUGGCUUGAACAGACGUACAGAGGGAGAAUAUAAGGAGCUUCCUGUCAAACGAGAGCGUCAGAGAAAAACUGAGAAGGUUUAUCAGGAUCUGAGCUCAGUCACCAGAGACACCUACGACUCUCUCCAGAUGCAGCCACUUCCUGCCCGUUAGCUCCACCUCCACGCCAGGAUCCUCCGUCCGUCGCCUCACUUCCUGUUUGUGGAUCAGUGAUUGGCUGAAGGUGGCGUUCUAUUUUGAUUGAUUAGUGAUUUAGAUGAUUUAAAAACAAGUGAUGUUUACAGUUUAUACGUUUUAUACAUGUACGUGAAGUUUUCCUGAGAAUUUAAUGUAAACAUAUUUCUUUCUUUCAUGAAGAGGCUAACAUUUGCUCAAUCCCACAAAAUAGCUAUAUAACGAUGUAAUAUAUGUGUUGAUUAUGUAAAUGACUGAAUGUUUUCAGUGUAACAUCAUUACUGUGUGUAAAUAAACAUGAAAUGUUAACAUG